AACCUGAUCAAUCAAAGAGACACAAAAAAAAGGUGUGGUGAUCUGAGAUAUUCAACUAGUGGGCACGAAUCAAAGUUUCACCUCCAAAUCACCAACCCCACAUGCUCAAAAUUCCAAUUUGUGGCUCAAGAUCUUCUGUUUCAUCACACUUCUUCUUCUCCUCUCUCUCUCUCUCUCUCAUCAUGUCCCACCAACUUGUUUCUUAGUAGUCAAUCACUGUUUAUUCCAAUUGCUAGCAACUCUCCUACCAAAUAAUUAAACAAAUUUGUCCGGCAAUUCAUCUGUUUUUGUGUUAGUGGGAUACUAUUUAUCUUCAUUCUUGAUUUUUGUAUGUGUGUGUGUGUGUGUGUGUUGAGAAAUUUUAAUGGUUGUUGUUUGGUGGGAGUAAUGAAGUAUGAGGACGCUUUGUGACGUUUGUGAGGGCGCUGCUGCUGUGCUUUUCUGUGCUGCUGACGAGGCUGCUCUUUGUCGUGCCUGCGAUGAUAAGGUUCACAUGUGCAACAAGCUUGCUAGUAGGCAUGCAAGAGUUGGUCUAGCUAGUCCCAGCGACGUUCCACGCUGUGAUAUAUGUGAAAAUGCUCCUGCCUUCUUUUACUGCGAAGUGGAUGGCAGCUCCCUCUGUUUGCAGUGUGACAUGAUCGUGCACGUUGGUGGUAAACGAACACAUAGGAGAUUCCUCUUGUUCAGACAGAGAGUUGAGUUUCCUGGAGAUAAGCCUGGUCUGACUGGGGAUCCCGUUGUACAAGGCGUGGACAAGAGAGAUAACAACCACAACCACUCGCGGAGAUUGAUGGAUGAAGAUGAUCAGCAAAUUUCUCCUUCUGCAGACUUGGACGCCGGUGCUGCUGAUAGAGAAGCUAAGAACGGUGCAGGAAUGAUUGAUUUGAAUAUGCAGCCUCAUCGUCUCCACAGCCACGCUGAAAACAAUCAGGGGUGAUGCUUUGAGAAGGGACUCGCAUCGCAUGAGAUGGCUUUGCUUUUGGAUCGCGAGGAAGAUGAAGAUGCAGCAUUGUUUCUCUGAAUAGGUUUGUGGAGAAUGAUAUUCUUUGAGCAGUGAGGGUAGUUGUAUAGCUAGAAGAAUGUGGUCGAGCAACGAGCAAGAGCAAAGGUUGCUUUUGUUGCUAACAGUGUAGAACUAGCUAGCUAGCUUUGUUUGGAGCAACUUGCCUUUUGCAAAACAUGUCAAGUUUGAAAAUUGAAACCAUGUAUGUGUUUUUUUGGCAUGAGAUUUGUGUUUCUUGAUCAGAA